UUGGGCCGGGGCCGCGGCGAGCUCUUCCCGCGGCGCCCGGGACCGCGCUUUGCGCACUCCAGCGGCCGCCCGGGGACCCGCGCGCGUGCGACCCCGAGUGUGGUGCGCCCGGGCGCCUGCCGGGGGCGCGCGGCCGCCUUCUGACUGGCCCGGCGGGCGCCCAGGGGCCUGCGAUCGCCGCCCCCGGGACGGGAGCCUGGCCCACCCAACUCCACGCCCCUGCCCGGGCCUGCGGCGGUUUCGGGCAGGGGGGCCGGCACGGCGGGACAGUUACUCAGCCCCAGCGAAACCGGCGAGUCGGCACCUGCCGGCCGGGCGGGGCAGGCGGCGGCCCCGUUACGCCCCGCCCCCGCGGGCCCGCCCGGUCUCGGCCGCCCACGCGCCGCCCGCCCGCCCUCCCGGAAGGAGCCGCGGCCCGAGCGCCCGCGGCGGCUGAGUCAGGCGAGGACCCUGCGUGCCUGGCCAUGGGGCCCCUGAGCCGGGAAGCUUGGGCCCAGCGCCUGGGGGCCUUCCGGGCCAGCCCGUCCGCCUUCAUGGCAGGUGCCGACGGUGAGGAUCUGGGUCGCGACCUGCUGAGUGACCUGAGGAGCGAGAAGCUGAGCGAGCAGACCAAGGUUUCCUUGCUGGCCCUGAGCUUGGAGUAUCCGGCCCAGCUAUGGCCCGACGUCCCUGCUGCGGAGGCGGCCGCCACCUCCCUGUUGGACACGAUGGUCCUCCUACCCCCACGGCCCUCAGCUCUCCGGCGGCCCCUGCUGCUGGCAGCCACCACAGUCCUGGCCUCAGGAGGCGUGCUAGGCCCUACCUCGGGAGCCUCCUGCCGACUCCUGCCCUUACUCCUUGGCUUGGCUUCAGGUCGUGAUGUGGGGCGAGGCUUUGGCCCCAUCUCAGAACAGCGCCCCCUGCAGGCCACCGCGUGUGAGUGCCUGCGAGAGCUAGAGAGCUGCAAGCCUGGGUUGUUGGGGGGCAUCCUGGGGCUGCUGCGGAGCCUGCUGGGGCAGGAGGGCCCCAUCCAGCCACUCAGCCUGCUGUUGGCACUUGCUUUGCGUAACACCCUGGUGGUACAGCCCAGGUCUGGGGCUAGUCUGCAGGGCCUGCUUAUGGCUGGGGUCUCCUCCACUGGGAGUGGUCCCUGGGACUGGACACUAGCUGAAAAGGGCCAUUCUCACCUUCAGCCCCAGGCACCCUGCUGGCCAGCAGCUGAGGAGGGGGCGUGUGCCCUUGCAGUGCUAGAGCCCAGCCCUGAGGAGGUCCGGGAGCUGCGGGCUGCUGUGGCCCAGCUUCUGGAUACCUCCUACCUGCUCACCCCUGUGGCCCAGGCCCAGCUUCUGUGGCUGCUGGGUUGGGCCCUCCGGGGUCUGCAGGGACAGACACCAGCACUCUUCAAGCCACAAUUGGUACGGCUGCUGGGCACAGCACAACUGACGCUGCUGCAUGCAGUUCUUGCUCUGAAGGCGGCCUUUGGAGAGGCACUGUUCACCGCCCAGGAUGAGGCACUGCUGCUCCGCCGCCUUACCUUGGCUGCCCAGCACCCAGCUCUGCCCCUGCCCACCCACCUCUUUUACCUGCACUGCCUUCUGAGCUUCCCUGAGAAUUGUCCCCUGGGUCCUGAAGGUGAGGAGGCUGCCCCAUUGCUGUUGGGGCCCCAGCUGUGCCGUGGUCUCAUGCCCAGUCUCCUGCAUGACCCAAUGGUCCUCCUGUCCCGCCUGCAUUUGUUGUGCCUGCUUUGUGCUGAAGAUGAGGAAGAGGAGAAAGGUCAGGUUCAGAACCCACAGUGGUACCUGGAGGAGCUGCUGGCUGGCUUGCAGCAGAGGGCAGCCCUGGAUGGUGGCCCACGGGUAUUGGCCACUCUCUGCUUCCAGGCCUCAUAUUUGGUUGCCAGCUGCUUGGCCAGGCAACCUAUGAUACUGACACCCUUGAUCCAGGGACUGACCCAGUUGUACCGAGCUCGCCCUGUGCUGGCUCCCCACUUUGUGGACCUUUUGGAUAGGGUGGGCCCUGAGCUGGAGGAACCCCUCAGGGUGGUUCUGCAGCAGGAGGUGGUGUCCCGGCCAGGAAGGGAUGAAGCUCUUCGUUGGCACCUGCAAAUGCUGGCAAAGGUGGCAGAGAGGGAUGCUCAGAGUGCCACCCUCAGCUUUCUGCAGGCUGCAGCUGCCCACUGUGCCAACUGGGGCCUACAGCAGACCCUGCUGAGGGUUUGCAGGGUCCUGCUGCGUGGGGGCGGGGGGCCUGGCCUGGCGGACUUGCUGCAGGUACUGGCCAGGCAGCUAGAGGACCCUGAUGGGCGUGACCACGCCCGCCUCUACUACAUCCUCCUGGCUCAUCUGGCAGGGCCCAAGCUAGGGGUGGCCCUGGGCCCCUCACUUGCUGCCCCAGCACUGACCUCUUCAUUAGUGGCGGAGAACCAGAGCUUUGCAGCAGCGCUGAUAGUGCAGGAGGCCCCGGCCCCUAUUCGGCUGAGUGUGGGGCCCCAGAAAGCCACAGGCCCUCUUCUGGUGCUGCAGCUCCAGGUGGAAGCCCUGGAGCCUGUCUAUUCUCUGGAGCUGCGCUUCCGCGUGGAAGGACAACUCUAUGCACCCUUGGAAGCUGUCCACGUGCCCUGUCUGUGUCCUGGCCGCCCUGCGCACCCUCUGUUCCUGCCCCUGCAGCCCAGACGCCCAGCCCCGGCUCAGCUGGAAGUCCGGGCCCUUUACACCACACCCACCGGCAUCACGUGCCACGCCCACCUGCCGCCCUUGCCUGUGAACUUUGCAGACCUCUUUCUGCCUUUUCCCCAGCCCCCUGAGGGGGCCCAGCCAGGCUUCUUUGAGGGACUCUGGGACUCCUGCCUGCCCAAAGGUGCUGAGAGUCGUGUGUGGUGCCCACUAGGACCACAAGGUCUGGAAGCCUUGGUGUCCCGCCACCUGGAGCCCUUCGUCAUGGUGGCCCAGCCCCCCACCAGCUACCACAUAGCCAUCCGCCUGCCCCCAAACUCCAUGCUGCUGCUGCGGCUGCAGGCCGCGCAGGUGGACGACGGAGUGCCUGUGGCCCUGCGAACCAAUGACUGGGCCGUGCUGCCUCUGGCUGGAGACUAUCUCCGUGGGCUUUCAGUCACUGAGUGACCCUGGGAUGCAGGUGGAGAGCAAGUUGCCUAAGAGGGGCUUUUAAAGGCUGGGACAUGCUCCUGGAGUGCGCUUUCCAUAAAAGUCUGCCUUCACCAAUGACCCUCAUCAGCUUGGUUUUUGGUUUUUGGACCUUGGUAGGACGGACUCAACAGGAUAGUAUCAUAGGCCCCAACGAAGUCCCAGGCUGAAGCCCAGAAGGCUAGGACUCCAGAGUUCUUGCUCAGAUAAGCUAAGAGUCUCCAGAAUUUCCUCUCAGGAGGCAGGGGAUAAAGCAUUCUGCUUUCCAGAAAGGGUCUGGCCUUGACCAAGGUCACUUAGCAAUUUGGUACUGAGGCUGGAGUUAGAAUUUGGGCCUCCUGACCUGGGGACUCUUGCUCUCCAACUCCCAAGGUUCUCAGGGUCCCUGUCCCAGCUCAGAGUAGCAAAAGGAGGCUGCAGUGACACCUCCCCAUGAUGGGAGCCAGUUCUGGGGAGAACCUGCCAUGGAGGCCUGGGAUACAAAGGGGCCAUGUGAUACAAAGGUAACUUGGCUCCUAAGCCUGGCCCCUAGGAAACACAGGCUGUGCUUGGGAAUCUCUUUCCCUUAGAGCUUUUUCAAAAUAUGCCGUAUGCUCAAGAUUCAGAUGCAUCGAGAUCAGUUCUGCUGCAGGCAUCUACCCAGCAUUUCCAACUUAUGUGGCCUCAUGUCAUCCUUGCAACAGCUUUGCAGGCCCACAGGUGAGGAAAUCUGUAGGCCAAAGGGGUUAAGUGAUUUCUCUAAGGUCACCCAGCUGGUUGGGAAUAGUAUUUUGUCAUCCUAUAGCAUUUUCCAUUACCACACUGUUGGAGCAGAGCUCUGCAGUGGCCUUACAGUACCCGCUCUGCCCUGGUGCAGAAGCUGCCAUCAGCAGCACUAAGUAUAAGAAAUACCUUGGGCUUGAGCUCUUCUGGGCAAAGGAACUCUUCUG